CCGAACGGAACCCAAUCCGCGACAUCCGUCGCCCGCGAUCGACCCCCGUGGCGGCAUCCGUCGUUGAAGGGAAGGCCGUAAGGGCGAGAGACAAAACCGAAGCGACGGGGAAAAGAAGCUCGAGACGAAAAGGAAACCCCCCUGUCCUAUCGAUCGAUCCUUCCCUCCCUCCACGAUUCUUCGCCGCUUGGAGUUGUUUGAUCCAUCCGGUCUCGAGACGGACUCCGUGAACUCCGUCCGAUUCCGGACUCCUCUGGAUAAUCACAUUGUGGUAUGGGCUGGUCGCCUCUUCUUGAUUUCAUUUUUGUUGAAAGAUGUUCAGUAGGCACGUUCUUAGCCGGUUUGAAUGGCCAUGGCGAAGCAAAAGUCCUCUAACGACCCAGUUGCUCGAUGAUAGGCCGACUGAUGUAGAAUUGUCUGUUUACUCUAAGUUGCCAGGUCCUGAUCCUGACAGCCCAUCUGGCCUUCUUAAUGGUGAAGAAUUGAACACAGAACCAAUUGUUGAUUUAGAUCUCUUCUUUGGAUCUCUCUACAAUUAUUAUUGCGAGAAAGGGUUACGGUGCAUCACUCUAAAGUGGAUAGUUGAGAUCCUUUCCGUAAUCUUUGUUGAAUGUUUUAUUUGGUUUUUCUUAUUGGUUGUUGAUUGGCCUGCUCUCCGCAACGCAAGAUGUGGGAUGGAUGCACUUGAGUCUGGAAAUAAGCCUUGUGAUCUCGCAAAGGAGGCCAUCAAUAAGCACCCACUUGUACCUUUUACUUUUACCAAAGGUGUCAUUGUUGGGUCCAUGAUUAUAUUGGCAAUCUAUGGAGUAUUCAACUUUUUGAAGUUCAUUGUGCAAUUCAAAAGUACACUAAAAGUUCGUGACUUCUAUUAUAACAGUCUCAAUGUCACAGAUCGUGAUAUUCAAACAACUUCAUGGCCCGUUAUGUUAGAAAAAGUCAUAAAAUUACAGCGGUCACAGCAACUGUGUGUGAUCAGAAAUCUUACUGCACAUGACAUAGUGAUGCGAAUGAUGCGGAAGGAGAACUACUUAAUUGGAAUGCUCAACAAACGUGUUCUUGCUUUUCCAAUUCAUUGUUGGAUCCCUGGAGCUGGUCCUGUUUUGAUUAAAAAUGGGAGAAAAUAUCAUAUGAUACUACCAAAGACUCUUGAAUGGACAUUAAAUUGGUGCAUAUUUCAAAGUAUGUUUGACAGUAAAUUUUGUAUUCGGAGAGAAUUCCUAGAGAACCCUUCAUUAUUGAGAAAGAGGCUAAAGAUUGUUGGGAUUGGGAUGUUUCUCAUUUCACCAUGUCUAGUAAUCUUCAUGCUAGUAUACCUGUUCCUAAGGCAUGCUGAACAGUUCUAUCAUCAUCCAAGCACAGCAUCAUCUCGGAGGUGGUCAAAUUUAUCAAAGUGGAUAUUCAGGGAAUUCAAUGAGGUUGAACACUUGUUCAGAUAUCGCAUGAGCAAUAGCAUAGUACAUGCUUCAAAUUAUCUUAAGCAGUUUCCUGCACCUCUUGUGACCAUAGUUGCGAAAUUUAUAUCUUUUGUGUCCGGUGGUUUUGCUGCUAUUUUGAUCAUUAUUGCCUUUAUGGAUGAAUCUCUGUUGGAGGGCCAUGUUUUUGGUCGCAAUUUGUUCUGGUAUGCUGCCAUUUUUGGAUCUGUAACUGCUAUAAGUCGAGCUGCUGUAGCUGAUGAGCUUCAGGUCCUUGAUCAUGAAGGAGCCAUGUCUCUUGUUGUGGAUCAUACGCAUUAUAUGCCAAAGAAAUGGCGCGGUAAAGAAAACAGUGACUUGGUUCGCUCAGAAUUUGAGACCCUGUUCCAGUAUACUGGAAUGAUGUUGCUGGAGGAGAUGGUGUCAAUUUUCCUAACUCCAAUUAUGUUAAUAUUUGUUGUACCCGAGCGUGUUGACGAUAUCCUACGCUUUAUCUCGGACUACACAGUGUAUGUUGAUGGCGUUGGUCACAUCUGCAGUUUCAGUGCUUUUGACUUCAAAAGCCAUGGGAAUGGGCAGUACGGUUCUCCCUAUGAUGCAGCAAGAGAGAGGAGGAGUUCCCAAGGGAAAAUGGAGAAGUCUUUCUUCAGCUUCCAAUGCACAUACCCGACCUGGGAACCCAGUGAUGAUGGUCGACAGUUCCUUUCCACUCUUCAAAAUUUCAAGGAGAAGCAGAUCCACCAAGGCCGUCUGCAGGAUAAUUCACACACAUGGACAUGGCAAGCACUCCGAGGUUUGAGAGUCCGGCAUGAAAUCAUCCACAGAUUCCCUUCAGGCAAUGUGUUUUCUGGUAAUGGAGGCUUUCCAAGGUAUGACCACCACCCGGGGUCUGUCUGGCUAACAAAUCAUGAACAAAGAAAUCACCCAUAUAUUCUGGAUUGGUAUUACACUUCCAAGCCUCUCGAGGAUCCGGAAAAUCCAGAAGAUUCACCUUUGCCAGAAAAAGAAAUGGCUUUUGAGUCGAUCCAAGAUUUUCAUGCGACACAGAGCAACCUGCAAACUGAGGUCAAGAACACGGAUCAGAGCUGGGAUCUUCCCUUCUCUGACCGUCUUCAGAGUCACAUUGAAGCCUCCACUUCUGGCUCCUUGUUCAAGAAUUCUGCACCUCAAGAUCUAGACCGUCACAUCAUGCAUCAUCGGUGGUGGGACCGUACAGCUCUUACUGCUUCUGCGGCUCAGGCCAGUUUUCUUGAACCCCCCAGCUUUGGGCACCAUGAUUAUAGUCAUCACAGUGAUGAUGUGCAUGGUGGCGGUAGCGAAUAUCUGGGUAACCUUCAAAGAUUAUCCGAGACGAGUGACGUGGGUGAAGCUGACGAUGAAGUGCUAGACCUCCCAUUUGUAGAUAGUUAUGUUGGAUCGUUGAAGAACCUGACAGUAAGAAUACCACGAAUGAGCGACGAUCGGAUUCAUUGAUAUACACUCACCAUUACAGACACAGAUGUCAGGGUUUAUAAUAUUUGCAAUGCGUAACGGUGAUGAAAUUUGUGUUCAGAUACGAAGGGGCAGUAUUCUUUUGUACAUAUAUUUAGCAAAACAUUCUUCCGGAUGCCCCUCUUAAUGAUGCAAAUAAUAAUGCCAUAUGAUUCCCUCCUUGUUGGAUGGCAACGAUAGGCAGGUCGAGAAGCACUAACCCUAACCCGAGGCAUAACCGUGCCCCGUGUUUCUACACCAGAUUACUCGGAACAUACGUUUCCAGACGGAGAUUGAUGUGCACCGACAUUGAAUUAUGCUUUUGUUCUUGCAAUCACGUUCCUGGUUUCUGAAUGACGACGUGUGUGUAACUGAUCACAUUGAUCUGAAGAUGCUCAUUUCAAAUGGUUUCAUAUCCUGUAGUUUGGUUC